AUGGAGGAUAUGAGGUCCUCCUCAUCCUCUCUACUCUCACAAAGUGGACAGCAGGAGGCAGUAAGCUUCAGCAAAGCAGACGAUCAGGCUCAGAGUGCAGGUCAGGAUCAGGGUCAACAGCAGACAGGAGGUCAGGGUCAGGAACAGGAGGUCAGUCAGUUGUCCCAGUCAUGCAGCAAACCUGAGGACAAGACCACUCACCUCAUGAACCAGGGACAUGAGGACAGGAACCAGAACACUAAUCUGGUGAGCGACUUAGAGGGAGCCAUACUGCAGCUGCAGUCCGAGUGUGAGAAACUCCACAGAACAUCCAACCGCCUGAUGGAGGAACACAGCAAGAAACAGACACACAUCGACCGUCUGUUCAAGAUAGUGGAGGAACUGGAUGAAAAGAAAGCUGACAAGCAAGUGGUGGAAAUGGAGAUUGAAAUCAAAGCAGACAAGCGGGCUCUGGAGAGCAAGGUGAGCCGCAUGCAGUUCGACAGCAUGGCAGAGCAGCUCAAUAACAUGAUACAGGAUCUGCUGAGGAAGAUCAGCGGUCAGGAGCAGGACUGGAACAAGGUGAUCGAGAAGAUCUCCACUGAGAUGGACUGCAAG